CAAGGAGUAAGUGAUGAAGAGCUUGGAAAGAAUCCUCAAGCCAUGAAGGCUGGGGAUGUCAAGGAGAGAGAGAAGAGACAAGGGUGGAAACCAGAGAUGUCCUGAGGAGGAGAACGAGCGAGAAUUGAAACCUCUUUGGUGAUCACUUUGAUCGAGUGGAGAAAAAAUAAAACAAAAAAGAAAGAAAUCCACCAGGCAACGAACAGAGAAACAUUACAGGUGCCAGCAUGGGAUCCCACUCUGCUGCGGCUACUCUCUUGGUUACUCCUAAUAUUUCGGACUUCUUUUCUGCACUGAGUAGUCUCGAGACCCCCAUUCUGGAAGAUUACAUGGAGUGUGACUACAAAGACUGGGCCCCGACUCUGGCCAUCAUUCCCACCGUCUACAUUCUGGUGUUCAUCGUUGGCUCCCUGGGGAAUGGCCUGGUCCUGAAGGUGUACCUGCAGUGGCCCUGGACUUCCAGUAAACUGCUCCACAACCAGAGGCACAGCAAAGCUGGCAGCAGGGGGCUGACGGACAGCUUUAUUGCCAGUUUGGCCCUGGCAGACUUGGCUUUUGUCUUUACCCUUCCUCUGUGGGCUGCCUACACCUCACUGGGUUAUAACUGGCCAUUUGGCACAACGCUCUGCAAGCUGAGCAGCUACCUGGUGGUGAUCAACAUGUAUGCCAGCGUCUUCUCCCUCACCUGCCUAAGCGUGGAGCGGUACUUUGCCAUUGUGCGUUCGCUCUCUUUCCCCUGGAGGAUGCGAGAAGGCCGGUCCUGGCUCCAGUUGGUGCCAGUCAUAACAAUAUGGGGGCUGGCCGCCAUUCUGGGGCUGCCGGCGUUAAUCUUUCGCACUGCCAAGCUCCGACUUUCUGAGGAACAUGACCUGGAGGAGCUGGAGGUUGCCCUUGACCAGAGGGAAGGCUCCAUGUCCUGUGAGAUGGACUACUCUUUAUUGUCCCCGGACGCGGACGAACUGGCCUGGAACGUGGCCCUGGGCCUUAAGUCGACUCUGCUCGGCUUCGUCUUGCCGUUGGUGGUCAUGAUGCUUUGCUACUGGUCAGUCGGCCGAGCCGUUUUCAGACACUUUGGGCGCAGGAACCUGGCAAUGAGGUCUGGCCGAGCAGGGGACGCAUCCCUGGAAAUCCGAAGGCAGCAGCGUCGGCUCUUGUCCAUUAUCAUCACUCUGGUGUGCGCCUUCCUGACCUGCUGGCUGCCCUAUCACCUCAACAAGACCUUGUCCAUCCUCACUGACCUGGGCCUCAUCCCCUACAGCUGUAGCUUUGACCGCUUCCUAGUGCUGGCUCACCCCUAUGCCACCUGCUUGGCAUAUGUCAACAGCUGCCUUAACCCCCUCCUCUACGCCUAUUUUGACCCCUCGUUCCGGAGACGCUGUGCCGCUUUGCUGGCUUGCAACUGGACCACCGCGUUCACCAGAAGAAUUGCCCACUUUAGGUCAAAAAUGAACGAGGGGGCGGCCGAUUUUAGCAAUGCCAGCGAAAAAGAUGGCAAGAGCCACCAGCACUGCGGGGACUCGUAUCUCUCGGAAGGUUCGCCACCUUCAGGGGACACUGAUAAUUCAGAGUGACUGUAAGACCACCUGGAGGUAUCCUAAUGUUAUAUGGUGUCUUGUACUGUGCUGGAGUGUUGUGUUUUAUGUUAAUUGCAUAUAAAGUUAUAAAAUAAAUUACGGGACCCUUUAAGAUUGCAAAUUUGUGUAUCGUUGUGAGGAACGAUUUAAAGCUGGCUUGUCUGGACGUGGCCGCAGUUCACAGACGAGCGCAAAUGAGUCCCCUGCAGCCGAGCUGCUGACUGCUGCAGCCUGGGAGACAGCAACUCAAUAAAUGAUUAAAGAAACUGCAAAGACCUCCAGUGUGAAUUUCCUUCUCGAAGCAAAUCAAUGGAC